ACUGAUCGAGGGCAUUCUCGACUUAAUGCUAAAAAUUUAACUAGCUGGACCUACCCAAUCCGCUUCUUCAGUGCUUUACUUUCUUCUUCCACUAUCACAGCUUUCAUCUGUAAUGGCGUUCUCGGUGGUUUCGACUCCGGCGCAGUUCCACCUACCAAAGAAGCUUACGUUCCGGAUUCGCUGCUGCGCGGCUUCUUCGGUUUCGACCCGAUCAGAGUCGACCCGGUUCGAUUUGAAAACGUACUGGACGACGCUGAUCGCCGAUAUCAACAGCAAGCUUAACGAGGCGGUUCCGGUUCGGUACCCGGAGCUGAUCUACGAGUCCAUGCGCUAUUCUGUUCUCGCCGACGGCGCCAAGAGGGCUUCUCCGGUCAUGUGCGUCGCCGCCUGUGAGCUCUUCGGUGGUGACCGCCUCGCCGCCUUCCCAACGGCAUGUGCUCUCGAAAUGGUACAUGCAGCUUCACUCAUACACGAUGAUCUUCCCUGCAUGGAUGACGACUCGUCUCGUCGAGGGCAGCCUUCCAAUCACACAGUCUACGGCGAAGACAUGGCGAUUCUUGCCGGCGAUGCUCUGUUUCCUUUGGGAUUUCAGCAUAUUGUGUCGAACACGCCUUCAAAUCUUGUGCCAGAGGCUCGACUUCUGCGUGUGAUCACAGAGAUUGCGAGGACUGUUGGGUCCACCGGCAUGGCGGCUGGUCAGUUCCUUGAUCUGGAAGGUGGGCCUAAUGCGGUUGAGUUUGUGCAAGAGAAGAAGUUUGGGGAAAUGGGUGAGUGUUCUGCUGUCUGUGGAGGACUGCUGGCUGGUGCCGAAGAUGAGGAGGUAGAUAGACUGAGGAGGUAUGGGAGAGCUGUUGGGGUUUUGUAUCAAGUGGUUGAUGAUAUUCUUGAGGAGAAGAAGAAUGGUAAGGAUGAGAAUGAGAAGAAGGAGAAGAAAGGGAAGAGCUAUGUGAAAGUUUAUGGGGUUGAGAAGGCUAUGGAGGUAGCAGAGAGGCUUAGAGCUCAAGCUAAGCAGGAAUUAGAUGGGUUUGAGAAGUAUGGUGAUGGUGUGGUGCCACUUCAUAGCUUUGUGGAUUAUGCUGUUGAUCGAAGUUUUACUCUUUAAACGACUCAAGUGGAUGAAAUAUGAUGAUAUACAGAGCCAUUACCAUUACCAUGAUAUGAAAUUGAUUUUGUGUUUUGUGUGAACUUGUUUUUACAUUUUGUAUAAACCUUGCAAUUGCAUUGUUAAUGUGGGAUGGACCUGUAGCUUAGUGAUAGAAGGCAUUGAUGCGUAAAAUCAUUC